CUAAAAAUCAAAAACUGUGGACAUCGAUAAACAUAAAUGCCUAGCAACCCAAGGCCGAAGGUCAGUUUGUUUUGCAUGGAAUGGAAGCAUGUUCGACAGCAUAACUUUUGUUGAAAAGGCCAUCCACCUCUCACUUGGAUUCUACAAGGCCUCGUUUGACAGUAAGUCAUCGUACUGUCAAAAACUCCCUGUACAAUGCGACGGAACCCACUGCGGGCUGGCAGCGAGAGAGUGAGCGCUCCUCUGAAGACCUAAGGCUUGCUGUAGCCUCUCUUACCUUUCAAUUUCAGCAAGAAAAUAACACCCAAAAGUAUUGCAGCGGCGGCGGAUUCGAACCCGUCACCGACACCUCCGCUUCACCGCCGAGAAAUGAACAACCCAAGAAGAGAGAAAAAGCAUACCUGCUUCCUCUAAAGGCACCGACAUUCAUGGUUAACUGGUCAAUGAGCCCAGCCGAUUUGGGCUCCACACUUGACGCCUUGGCGUACUUUACCCCUAGACCCUCCCCGGAUGGCACGAAUAACAGGGCAUAGAAAUCAAAAACAGCAGAAUCGCAACUAGAAAUCAAGAAAAAAAAUGUGGGAUCUUCCUCGAAAACGUCAUUCGUGAUGCCAUCACCUACACAAAGCACGCUCGUCGAAAGACUGUCACUGCCAUGGACAUCGUCUAUGCUCUCAAGAGGCAGGGCAUGACUCUCUAUGGGUUCGGUGGUUAGGGUUUCUUGCAUCUAGGAGUGAACUAGUGAACACGCUCACCGGAAGACCGUCACUGCCAUGGACGUCGUCUAUGCUCUCAAGAGGCAGGGCAGGACUCUCUACGGGUUCGGUGGUUGGGGUUUCUUGCAUCGAGAAGUGAACUAGUGAAGAUUUUACUUUGUUUUUUACUUCUCUUAUAUCUCUUAUGGGCAUUUGUUAAUACGAAGGGAACCGGAGACUCUCCUCCUGCUGCAGUUACACUUGCGGAGCCGGAGCCGGCGUCACAUCCCACGAUCAUAGUACAGGGGGUGGUAUCGGAAGGAUAGUGUAUCCGAAGGUUAUAUGUAUCCACCAUUCUGACAUCUCUUGUCAAUGCUGUAAGCUCAUUCCACAUGCCCAUACAUGGCAUUGAUGGCCUCGAUGGCCUCAGUUGUGCCAUCAUGUAGCUUGGUGUAUUGUCAAUGUUUCAAUGAGAAGCACUUGAGAGGUGCAAUAUCUUUUGAAGCUCAGCAAGGAUAUCGAAAUGCUUUUGGAAGAAAGAUGAGGUUUAGCAAUUUUCUCUACUCCAAGCUUUCUAAAUUAUGCUCUCGAUCAAAUCACAAGUUUGCUCAAAAGCUAUUGGAGGAAGUGAACAGUUAUGGCACAGCAAGCAUCUCAGACCGAUCAAAAUUGCUCCAUAAGGUUUCUAUUUUGAUGGGUUACAACAAUGUGGAAGACCUAAUUGAGAAUGAAAGAGAUAGAAGAGAAUCUGAUGAAUAUCUGAAAGAUGCAAUGGAUGAGAUUGAUGUUUCAUUAUCCUACAAAAGAUUCCCAUCUAUCAUUUUGGGUAGUUCUCCACUAGUUGAACUGUAUAAAGAAACUGAAUUUCAAAUGGAAAGAAUGGAGCUUCUACCAGAUCAGAGCUAUGAUGGUUCUCUCUCAAGUUCUAUGGGUAUGAAGUUGGUUGAGCCAGAUGGACCAAGUGAAACAGGAGCCUCUUUGGACUGCCCAGUUUCAAAAGUGAACUCAUCAUCCUCAUCAGAUGAAGAAAACUCUGUAGUGUUGCCUUCAUUUCCUCAGCCCAUGGCUUUAGAUACUAACAUGAAGUCAGAUGCAAAAACUAUCAUAAAGGAGUCUUCAACGAAUGUGAGACCUGAAUCAGAACAAGAUGUAGCAUCUCUUGAACAUAUUCUUGACAAACCCAUCAGCCAGAUACUUGGAUUACGCAAGAAGUAUUGUCAGCAGCUUGAAAAGUGCGGUUUUCAUACGAUUCGGAAGUUGCUACAUCAUUUUCCUCGAACAUAUGCUGAUACACGGAAUGCUCAAGGGGAAAUUAAUGAUGGGGACUAUUUGAUCUUUAUUGGGAAAGUCUUAUCUUCAAGGGGAAUUAGAGCCAAUGCAUCCUUUUCAUUCCUUGAAGUUGUUGUGGGUUGUGAGAUCAUAAAAGGCAAAGUUAGCUCAGAAGUUAAUAGUGGUGAUCUUGAUUGCAUGCAAAAGAAGAUGAUUUAUUUGCAUUUGAAAAAGUUUUUUCGUGGUACCCGUUUUGCAAAUCACCAUUUUCUUAGAAUUCUUCAGUCCAAGCAUAAAGAGGGAGACCUUGUAUGUAUCAGUGGUAAGGCAUAUGUGGGGAUUCAUCGCCCAACAGAUUUAAAUGAAGCAGAUUUAGCUCGUAGAAGGUUAAUAUUUGAUGAAUUCUUUUACCUUCAGUUGGCUCGACUCUUUCAAAUGCUUGAAGCACUUGGCACACGAAUAGAGAAAAUUGGGUUGUUGGAUAAGUUCCGAAAAGAUGAACUGAAUACUGUCCUAAUUGAUGAUUGGUCUAACCUCACAAAGAAAAUGUUGAAGGCUCUUCCAUAUUCCCUUACCCCUAGUCAAUUAGAUGCAGUUUCAGAAAUUAUUUGGGAUUUAAAGCGGCCUGUGCCCAUGAAUCGACUUUUGCAGGGGGAUGUUGGAUGCGGGAAAACAGUGGUUGCCUUUUUGGCCUGCAUGGAGGUUAUUGGCUCAGGUUAUCAGGCAGCUUUCAUGGUUCCAACUGAACUACUUGCUAUCCAGCACUAUGAGCAUUUUCUUUCUUUGCUGGAGAAUAUGGAGGAGGAUCAGUUUAAGCCAUCUGUUUCUCUACUUACAGGUUCAACAUCAUCAAAACAAGCACGGAUAAUCCGUCAGGGUCUGCAAUCUGGAGAUAUCUCACUAGUCAUUGGAACCCACAGCCUAAUAGCUGAUAAAGUGGAUUUUUCAGCAUUGCGUAUUGCUGUGGUUGAUGAACAACAUCGCUUUGGUGUGAUCCAGAGAGGAAGGUUUAACAAUAAGUUGUAUUCAGCUUGUGCAAGUUUGAGAGCAGGUGCUGCAAACACAGAUGGGUCCUCUACUAAUGAUGCAUAUAUGGCACCUCAUGUUCUUGCAUUGACUGCCACUCCUAUCCCAAGGACACUUGCUUUGGCUUUAUAUGGGGAUAUGUCUCUAACCCAAAUAACUGAUGUACCUCCUGGAAGAAUACCGGUUGAGACAUGCACUUUUGAAGGGAAUGAGAAUGGAUUUGAAAAUGUUUACCAGAUGAUGCAGGAUGAGUUACAGAAAGGUGGGAAGGUUUAUCUUGUGUAUCCUAUCAUUGAUGAAUCUGAGCAGCUGCCCCAGCUUCGUGCUGCUUCUUCAGAUCUUGAGACCAUAGCUUGCAAAUUUAAGGGAUACAAUUGCGGACUGUUGCAUGGAAGAAUGAAAAUUGAUGAGAAAGAUGAAGCACUACGACGGUUUCGAUCAGGAGAAACACGUAUACUUCUUUCAACUCAGGUGAUUGAAAUUGGAGUAGAUGUUCCUGAUGCAUCCAUGAUUGUAAUCAUGAAUGCUGAAAGGUUUGGAAUAGCUCAGCUACACCAACUGAGAGGACGAGUUGGACGUGGGGCAAGGAAGUCCAGAUGUAUUUUCUUGUCUUCCACUGCAAGUGGUCUAAACCGGUUGAAAGUGCUGGAGAAGUCAUCUGAUGGUUUUUACCUGGCAAAUGUGGACCUCCUUCAUCGUGGACCAGGUGACUUGCUUGGUAAGAAACAGUCGGGACACCUCCCAGAAUUUCCUGUUGCAAGAUUGGAGGUUGAUGGCAAUAUUCUACAAGACGCACAUCUUGCUGCAUUGAAAAUCUUGACUAUUUCUCAUGAUCUGGAGCAAUUCCCAAAACUAAAAGCUGAACUUAGCAUGCGCCAGCCUCUUUGUCUUCUGGGUGAUUGAUUCUUGGUUGUGUAAAGCCUAGUCGGCUACAAAACCCAUGUUCAAGAUGGCAUUAUUACAAUGUCAAUGGACUGAUGCCCGAUGGCAAUUGCAUCGCAAAGCUAUCUUGACCUUUUUGUAUGUAGUAUGUCCCAAUCUUUGAGAUGGUACGACUGUAACUGCACUAGAUGUAUUUCCUUCAUCAAAAUGUGAAAUUUUGAAAUUAUUAUAUGCAUAGCUUGUUAGUUUUAGCAGUAAGUGUAGUUAUGUAUAUGUGAAAUUUAUGGCAAUUGUGCUAUUUGAUGUGUGAACUUGUGUGCAUAAUUUGGGGAAUAAGUGUACAUGAGAGGAGAAUAUAUACAACAUACUUGUAACUA